GUUAUGUGCCCGAUAGUGACCUGCAUCCACUUUCGUAGGUGAGCCAGGGUUGUGACACUAGCGGAGCGCAAUGGGUACGAAGGGGUUGGCACUCACAGCCAUAUGAUGUUUGCUCACACGCGAACCUCGCGAGUCAAGAAUGAACAGUUCUGGGUGCUGCGGUGGUUCUUCGAGGUCCAGAAAAGGCCUAUCGCGGGCCAGACUCACGGAGAACCUCAAUUUUACGCAUCUUCUCACUUCGACAUUUGGCAGACUCGGAGGUAUGCCGAAGAUAUUUCUCCUUCAUGUUCGAGAGAUUUUGGAUGCCUGUAUCUCGAUGCACGUUUUUUUUAACCUAUGAAUACGAGCCUCAUUUUAUACAUUUUACUGUGCAGAGA